GUGCCCACAACGGCGGAGUGUCAGGUAACACCGGUGCAGCAGCGGCACCAGUCGACGGCAGCGCGAACGGCACCAGCAACACGUCCUCCCUGGGACCAACUAGUGGCGCCGGGAUCGUAGCAGGCCACGGGAACCCGUCCAUCACUAUCACACUCGACUCCGACUCGGAUUCUGUCUACAGUGACUACCUGAGCCCCGAAAUUAAUUAUAAGGACUGCCCAUGGGGCAGGAAUGCGUGGCUGGAGAGGCGGGCGGGGCGGCCUCCAAGGCGAGCAGCACCACCAGCUAUCUCAAGGACCAGAUCCUUAACUUCUUCCAGCCCUCGGACAACAAGCUCGCCAUGAAGCUCUUCGGCAACAAGAACGCCCUCAUCAAGGAGAAGAUGCGCCACAAGCGGGUGGGCAACUGGGUUAUACAUCCCUGCAGCAACUUCAGGUUCUACUGGGACCUGUUUAUGCUGGUGUUGCUGAUUGCUAACUUGAUCAUCCUGCCUGUGGCCAUUUCCUUCUUCAAUGACGACCUGAGCACCCACUGGAUCGUGUUUAACUGCAUCUCGGACACUGUCUUCUUCCUAGACAUCGUGAUCAACUUCAGGACAGGCAUCAUCUUGAACGACUUCGCAGACGAGAUUAUCCUGGACCCGAAGCUGAUCGCCAAGCAAUACAUGAAGACCUGGUUCUUCCUGGAUCUGCUGAGCUCUGUGCCUAUGGACUAUAUUUUCCUCAUGUGGGACGCAGAGGCGGAUUUCAACCAACUGUUCCAUGCAGGCCGAGCCUUGCGCAUGCUCAGACUGGCAAAGCUCCUGAGUUUGCUGAGAUUGUUGCGACUGUCCAGACUGGUGAGAUACGUACAGCAAUGGGAAGAGUUUCUAGCCAUAGCAGGGAAGUUCAUGCGCAUCUUCAACCUGAUCUGCCUCAUGUUUCUUCUGGGUCACUGGAAUGGCUGCCUGCAGUUCCUGGUGCCCCUUAUUCAGGAUUUCCCAAAAGAUUGCUGGGUCUCCAUAGAGGGGCUGCAGGAAGCGCAUUGGGCAGAACAGUAUACAUGGGCUUUAUUCAAGGCGUUAUCCCACAUGCUGUGUAUCGGAUACGGCCGAUUCCCACCCCAGAACAUGUCGGAUACCUGGCUCACCAUCCUGAGCAUGCUCAGUGGCGCGACCUGUUACGCACUGUUCCUGGCUCACACCACCACGCUCAUACAGUCCUUUGACACCUCGAGACGCCUGUACAAUGAAAAGUUCAAGCAAGUGGAGGAGUACAUGGUAUACCGGAAGUUACCCCGGAGUCUACGUCAGAGGAUAACGGACUACUACGAGCAUCGAUACCAAGGCAAAAUGUUUGACGAAGAGACGAUACUCUCCGAGCUCAACGAGUGUCUCAAACACGAGGUUGUGAACCACAACUGUCGCUCUCUGGUGGCAUCGGUGCCCUUCUUUACCAACGCCGAUCCGGCCUUUGUGUCGGAGGUAGUGAGCAAGCUCAAGUUUGAGGGAACAUUUGGCAUGAUGGAAAUCUGUCUACUGACCAACGCCCGGCGCGUGGCCAGUGUCCGAGCGGAGACGUACGCCUGCCUGUACUCUCUGGCCGUGGAACACUUCACGGCGGUGCUGGAGCGCUAUCCCGUCAUGAGACGCACCAUGGAGAGCGUGGCGGCCGAGCGACUCACCAAGAUCGGCAAGAACCCCAGCAUCGUCAGCAGUCGCGCCGAUCUGGAGGAGGACCAGAAGAUGGUUAAUGAGAUCGUCAUGGAGUCCACGCCCAUCCCCACUAGCGCGAGUGAAGACGAAGACCGGGACUCCGACGAGAGCUCGGAUGGGAGCAAACAGAAGAAAAAGACAGCGUUCAAGUUUGACUUCUCUACGAAGCUGCAUAAGAUUUCAGAAGAGAAGAAGAAUAAGUCGCCGAAGGAGCACAGUAAGGAGAGGGAUCUCCUAGAGUUCGGGGAGACGAAGCACCACC